AUGUAUACUUUGGUCUCUGUGCCACAUGGAAAUGACAUAGCAUCUCUCUUUGAACUGGAUGCCACCACUCUUCAGAGGGCUGAUUGCCUAGUUCCAAGGAACUCAUAUGUCCGACUGAGGCAUUUAUGCACUAACACUUGGGUCACUAGUACCAGCAUUCCAAUAGACACUGAUGAGGAGAGGCCUGUGAUGUUAAAGAUUGGGACGUGCCAAACAAAAGAGGACAAGGAAGCUUUUGCCAUUGUAUCGGUUCCUCUGUCUGAGGUCAGAGACUUGGACUUUGCCAAUGAUGCAAACAAGGUUCUAGCAUCAACUGUUAAAAAGCUGGAGAAUGGAACAAUAACCCAGAAUGAAAGGAGGUUUGUAACCAAGUUACUGGAAGAUCUCAUUUUCUUUGUUGCUGAUGUGCCUAAUAAUGGGCAGGAAGUUUUGGAUGUGGUCGUUACCAAGCCAAACCGGGAACGACAAAAGUUAAUGAGGGAGCAAAAUAUAUUGGCUCAG